AUGAAAAAGUGCUUUAGUACUCCAGCAGAAUGCCAAUUUGUUUAUGUAAAAGGAAAAGUAUACAAAGGCGUGCUCUCAAAUGGUCAGCGUAUUGCAGGGAAGCAUAUAAUCAACGAUGGACAUGUAGAGACAUUUGUUAGGGAAGGCACAAGUCUUUCUCAUGUCAGGCAUCCAAACCUUGUAAGAUUGAUAGGCUAUUGUGAGAAUCAUGAUGAAUAUUUCCUAGUUUAUGAGCUGUGCCACAAUGGCAACCUCUCAGAGUGGCUGUUUGGAAAAGCUAAAGUUCUCUCAUGGAUACAAAUAGUUGAGAUUGCAAUUGAUGGUGCUAGGGGCCUCUGGUUUCUCCACACUUACCCAGAAGGCUGCAUUGUUCACCGUGAUAUCAAGCCAACAAACAUUCUCAUCGAUGCUAACUUUCGAGCAAAACUCUCAGACUUUGUGUUAUCUAAAGUUAUGGAGGUGGAUCAGUCCCAUGUUAGCUCAGAAGUCAGAGGAACAUUUGGUUAUGUUGACCCUGAAUACCGUAAAAACCACCAUGUAAAUGCUUCAGGUGAUGUUUACCGUUUUGGGGUAGUGCUCCUUCAGCUUCUCUCAGGGCAGAGGGCUAGAUUCCUCGCAAGAGGUGGUGAUAUAACACAAUUAGCUGAUCCAAAACUUAAUGGGGAGUACUGGAUUUGA